UCCCCUGCCAUUCCGACUCAGGGCUCAUCAUCUCUCCUCCUUUGAGCUCAGUUUCAAGACAAACACUCUCGAUCUCUCUCAAUGGCUUUCUCACCAGACACAAGCAAAACAACAAAAGUAGAAAGAUACAACAGCUACAUACGGAGAGUCAACACAACCAAACUCCUCGCAGCUUCCUCCAAAGUGCUCUUCCGGGCUACUCUACUCAUCUCAAUCGUCCUCAUAUUUUUCUUCACAAUCAAUUACCAUCCACUUUCGAACAAUUCCAUCACUAGUCCGCAUCGCCACCUCUCCGCCUUUUACGGCAGCGGCGCCGCCUGGGAGAAGCAAGUCCGCCACUCCUCCACACCGCGGCGGCCUAAUGGCUUCUCGGUGCUUGUCACGGGAGCAGCCGGCUUCGUGGGCUCACACUGCUCCCUCGCAUUAAAAAAACGCGGAGACGGAGUCUUGGGACUCGACAAUUUCAAUACUUACUAUGAUCCGUCGCUGAAAAGAGCGCGUCAGAAGUUACUUUCCACGCACGAAAUUUUUAUUGUGGAAGCGGAUUUAAACGAUGCCGAAUUGCUUGCGAAGCUAUUCGACAUCGUUCCGUUUACACAUGUGCUGCAUUUAGCAGCCCAGGCUGGCGUGCGUUACGCAAUGCAAAAUCCACAGUCGUACAUCAAAUCAAACAUAGCUGGAUUCGUCAGUCUCCUGGAGAUUGCGAAAGCAGCUGAUCCACAGCCCUCGAUUGUUUGGGCCUCUUCGUCUUCUGUGUACGGGUUGAAUACGGAGAAUCCGUUCUCCGAAUCCGACCGUACUGAUCAGCCCGCGAGCCUCUAUGCGGCAACUAAAAAAGCAGGCGAAGAGAUCGCGCACACGUACAAUCACAUAUACGGAUUGUCGCUGACAGGACUCCGAUUUUUUACGGUUUACGGGCCUUGGGGAAGGCCCGACAUGGCUUACUUCUUCUUCACGAAAGACUUGCUUCAGUCCAAAGGAAUCAACAUAUACAAGACCCAAGAUGACAAAGAGGUGGCGCGUGACUUCACAUACAUUGACGACAUCGUAAAAGGCUGCGUCGGUGCUCUCGACACCGCGGAGAAGAGCACCGGGAGCGGGGGUAAAAAGAAGGCCCCCGCACAGCUCAGGAUAUACAAUUUAGGAAACACGUCUCCGGUGUCGGUAGGGAAACUUGUUUCCAUUUUGGAAAGUCUACUAAAUGUCAAGGCGAAGAAGCAUGUGAUUCGAAUGCCUCGAAACGGCGACGUUCCAUACACUCAUGCUAAUGUCAGCUUGGCUUACCAUGAUUUCGGAUACAAACCUACCACCGAUUUAUCAACCGGUUUGAGAAAGUUUGUCAAGUGGUAUGUAAGUUAUUAUGGCAUCCAAGCAAGGGUAAAAGGGGAAAGUGCGGCCAAGAAUCUAGCAUAAGUAUGUAAUUUCUUCUUCUUUUUUUUUUUUUCACUUUUUACUUUCUAAUUUAUACUUUCUUUUUGUAAUUUCUGUAAUUGUAAUUGUGGGGUUUGAUAAAAAUGGUCAUUGUUGUAGUAUAGAUACAAAGAUAUUUAUAUAUACAACAAUCAUAUACUAGUAGUGAUCAAGGGGUGUGGAGAAAGUGUAGAUCUGAGAGGUGGUGGGGGCAAAAUUGUAAUAAUGUUAUGUUUGGUUUUUGCUAUAAGAAAUGGAGCAAGAUCAGCCAUUAGAUUACAAAUCUA